CCCUCUCGACUCGAUUCAUAUGGCAUGGACUGGAAGAUCACGUCCAUAUAGCGAGCCGGAUCUUCCUUACAACAGCCUCUCGACCGAUCCAUCUCUCUCUCAUGGCGACCACAUCGACACGCAAGUUAUGGAGGACCCUACUGGUCGCGCUCGCCGGCACGGUCGUCGUCUUUCCAUUCCUGUCCCGGCCCUUCUACGGGACCGAUCAGAUCUCAGCAUGGUUCCCGACCAGCUCAUCGACUCCCCGGUCUGGAACGAUCACGCAGGCCGACCCUGAGCUGUUCAAGGGGUUCAUGCUGAAACCCAACGCGAUCCCCACCGACUACUACCAAUACAACACGGUCGCCCUCGUCAACCUCCACGCCUGUCUGGCGACUCGCAGUUGUGGAGUCAACCAAGCCAAGGUCGCGAUACUGGACAGCAAUUGGUUCAGACAAGGUAUCGCCGAGGGUUGGAAAGGCGGAGAAGGUGUCUGGGGGCAAUCUAUAUACAACUCUCUCACCAACCUGGGCUACACAUGCAUCGUCGCGAUCAGCGUAGACGAGGUAUAUCGGUACUACAGGCAAAUGCCCGACCUGGUCAAGAUCAUCAUCACCGAGCAUGUCCCUUUGAUGGAUCAGGAUCCAAAGUAUAUGGAGAGCGUAGAACAUCCCGAUGGGAUACCGAUCUGGAAACUCUUCUGGAUGACGUUCUUCCCGAAUCGCGGUCAAGGCGUUCUCAAAGGAAAAUGGACGAUCAACGCGGUCAAGCAUCCCUACGACUCGGAUUCAUACAACUACCUCGGCUACUCCAUCGAGGAUCACUGCAAUUCCGUGCCGUUCGUACCCCUGGCAGAUCGACCUGAACAAGCGUGGUUGUUCGCAAAGCAAGCGACAUACUUUUACAAGUCGGCCUUUGCUUGGGAACGGACGUGGUUUAACAACCUCACGAGGGACGUCCCUGGUCUCUCGGUCAAGGGUGCCUUUAGCGUCGACGAGCACUACCAAUGGAACCCGGACAAGGAUGGGCACUUUGAUAAUGUACCCGGCGGUCUGGUGGGGGUCGAGAACGUGGGGCGGAUCGGACCGGAACAGUUCAACGAUGAGUUGAGCCAUUCUCGAGUCCUCCUCGGAGUCGGAGAUCCGUGGUACAGUCCCUCGCCGUUUUAUAGCCUGUGCUUUGGGGUGCCUUUUAUCAACGUGGUUCGGAAAUGGAACGAGGCCAAACCGGACGAACGGUGGAAUUGGGAUGUUCAGCAGCCAGAACUGGUCACGUGGGAUCCUCCAUAUGUGUACCACGUGAAGAGCAAAGAUUACGACGGUCUGGUCAGUGCUCUCAAACAGGCGAUGACGGUACCUAUACCGAGGACGAUCCUGCCUCACAUGACACAAGCUGAACACGAGCUGAGAAUGCAAGCUCUGAUGGAGACCGAUUGGUACGACGAAGCUGUUCAAGAGUUGGAGAGGAGGAAAGAAUCUGGCGGCAAGCUGUUUUAUGUAAAAAUGUGA